AUGCCAGCCAAACAAGCCAUCUUCACCGACAAGGCCCCGGCGCCUCUCAAAGGCAUCUACAACCAGGCUAUUGUCGCCAAUGGCACCGUCUACUGCAGUGGCAGCAUUGGCAUGGACCCCACGACUGGGAAGCUCGUUGAGGGAGAUAUUGGGGCUCGUACGCACCAAAUCAUGAAAAACCUCACCGCAGUCCUCGAAGCCGCUGGCACAAAUAUGGAUAAUGUGGUCAAGGUCAACGCCUUCAUUGCGGAUAUGAAGGACUUUGCUGCGAUGAACGAGGUUUAUACGCAGUAUUUUGGGGAGGUGAAGCCUUGUAGGACGUGA